CCAUCGAGCUUCGCACCACCGCGGUGCAGACACACCCGCUCCCAGUCCCAUCCGCUCACGCUCUGUCUCCUCACGCCUCACUUCCGCCGGCGACGGCUCAUAGUGCGCCUGCGCAGACGGCGUUUCUCUCUCGGGGCCGGCGCCAGGCAGGAGGAUGGCUAAGCGCACCAAGAAGGUUGGGAUCGUGGGGAAGUACGGCACUCGGUAUGGUGCGUCCCUGAGGAAAAUGGUGAAGAAAAUCGAAAUUAGCCAGCAUGCCAAGUAUACCUGCUCCUUCUGUGGCAAGACCAAAAUGAAGAGGAAGGCUGUGGGUAUCUGGCACUGUGGAUCAUGCAUGAAGACAGUUGCUGGUGGUGCCUGGACUUACAAUACCACCUCUGCAGUGACAGUCAAAUCUGCCAUCAGAAGACUGAAGGAAUUGAAAGACCAGUAGAAGCUACUUCCUGUCCUCAUUGUGAAGCAUCCUUUUUUUCCCCUACUGUCAAGAUCUGUCCUUUCAUCAAUAAAAAGGUGAUAAUGGAGUGGAA